AUGACUGCUUCAAUGUCAUCUCCAUCGACAAUUGUUUCAUCACCUCGAACUGGGGAUUAUCACUGGGCUCUAACCGAGCCGUUCGAAUGCGAUCGCGAACCGUUACCUGAGGGAAUUCUCACUAUUACGCAGCGUCCGAUUCCAUAUUCACGUGAAGAAGUGGUGAAUGUUGGCGUCUUCAGAGUUCAGAGCGAUUAUCUCAUAAAGCCGAUUAUUCUGCCAUUUGAUAGCGAGGACAACAUCUUUGAUGUUAAACAAACGAAGAGCGAGCAUAAAUGCAAGUUCCAUCUUACUUUAUCAGUGUUCUAA